GAUUCGGAAUGCCACAGGCAUGGCUGGUCCAUCAACAAAUUGGCCGAUUGGCCCGCACAAAACCCUCAAUAGGGAACGGCAGCCUCCACCAGAUGUUGAGAAGGUCUUGCGGCAGUAUCUCACGUCUGAGGAGGAAGCACAGGUUCGUCGGCAAUUUCAACAGGCUUGCCCCCGGCGUCGACAGGUCUUGUGGAGUGGGAUGGACCAAAGCCAGGCACAAAGGUGGGCCGACGAUCAUCACAUGCAGACGUUGACGACGGCAAUGGGCCCAUUGAUGAACCCCAAGCAUCCACAAUGCCUUCAGCACCGUAAAACAAAAAAAGCAUGGUCAAAGUAUGUCCACGGAGCAUCGGCCGCCUUCGCUUGGUAUAUUUCUGGUUGCGAUGUGGUCACGGUGCUGUUGCAUCCACCGCCGGUCAGAUUCAACCCUUUCGGGGCAACCUUUUAUCAGACGAUUGAGGAACCUAUUAUCACAGGGAAGACUGGGGGUUGCAAUGUGCGGCGGAUUGAAGUAGUCCAUCCGGCCGUACCCGAAGCUGCUGACUUCGCCUACCAAAUGUGGCCAGUGGAUGAGGCCGAGGUAUGGAAGGAAAGGUUUGGGAGGCUGAGUGUGGCUAACACUCGCUGGAGGCAGAUCAAGGCCUCACAGGUGAGCCAUAACAACACUGUUCCUGGGGGUGCCUUACCGGGAUGCAAAACACCUUUAGCGACAAAGAACUGUGGUGAUAGCAAACCAUUGAAAGAUACGUCACGAGUGCUCGACGACACGAAGGGUAAGAAAGAGAGGAAGAAGAAGUGUAUAAAAGUGAAAGAACAGGAGGGAAAUGAGAGAACGGGAAGGAAGAAGGCGCGGACCAAGACGUGUGCUGUUGAAACCAACUUAAGAAAACUACCGAGACCAGGUAAGACUGGUACAUUCAAGAGCCCGUCAAUGAAGGUUGAAGAUCAAGCAAAGGUAAAGCUGUCAGAAGGAGGCUCUCCGAGACUUAAGAAAAGAACGAAGGGGAACUUAGUACCACAAAGCCAAAUAUAGCGUCUGUCACGAACUCGGAAAAAGUGAAUCAGACAUUGCAGGAAUUUGAGUGCGAAUAGGCAGGAAGGGGUUAAGACAGUCAGACCUG